AUGAGCGACAAAUACUACAUCUGCUACAGCGACAACUACUACAUCUACCACAGCGACAACUACUUCAUCUGCUACAUCAUUAACAGCUACUACAACAGCAUCUACAACAGUAACAACUACUACAUGUACCAUAUCAACAACUACUACAUCUACCACAGCAACAACUCCUACAUCUGCUACAGCGACAACUACUACGUCUACAACAGCAACAACUACUACAUCUGCUACAGCAACAACUACUAUAUCUGCUACAGCGAUAACCACUACAUGUACCACAGCAACGACUACUACAUCUGCUACAGUGACAACUACUACAUCUACCACAGCAACAACUACAACAUCUGUCAAUAA